AUGAGUAGAAAUAAAUUUCUGGUCCCUUAGCUUUCUACUGAACUUGGGAGAUAUAAAUACCUUAGGAAUAUUGAUUUGAAUGAAUUUAAUGCAUUUUUUUCUGUGUAUUUACAGAUGGGGCGUGAGUGGGUUUGGUUGGAUUCUGAACAAGACUAUCUCAAUGACUCUGAGUUGAGCAACAACUGCAGGUCCCUCUUCAGCUCAUGGGACUCCAGUCUGGAUCUUGAUGUGGGCAGCUGGAGGGAAACUGAGGAGCCAGGGUCUGAGGAACUAGAGGAAAGCAGCCCAGGGACAGAAUCUAGUGAGCUGCUUAUGGGGGACGGAGGCAGUGAGGAGUCUCAGGAAGAGACAGAGCAAGUCAGCCACCAGAACCUCCUUCACUUUCUCUCUGAGGUAGCUUAUUUAAUGGAGCCAUUGUGCAUUAGCAGCAAAGAAUCAAGUGAAGGCUGCUGCCCAUCUGAUACCAGACAACCAGAGGAAAGGGAAAUUGAAGCUACUGAAGGAGAAGAACCCUGCAGAGAGCCGCAAGAGCUUUCAGCUAAGGUAGAACCAUUAGUAGCUGAGAAGUCACUGGGAGAAAAUGGAAGGCCAGAGGUGGCUCCAGCUCCCUCAGAUACUUGUGCAAUUCAGGGACUUUCCACAGAGAGUAAAGAGGGAGAGGUUCAGCAAGAAUCCAAAGAGGAGGACCAGAGUGAAGGGUAUGUGUCAGAGAUGGAAAAACAGCCCUCCUCAGGUGAAUGUGAUGAUGGCUGUAGCAUUCAGAAGGCUCCUCUGGUGGAUAUCCUUUUCAGCCAUGCUACUUCCUCAAAGCUGUCUGAUCUAAGCCAGAAUGACCCUGUUCAGGAUCACUUACUGUUUAAGAAGACUCUCCUGCCAGUCUGGAAGAUGAUUGCCAGUCACAGGUUCAGCAGUCCAUUUCUGAAGCCUGUGUCAGAAAGGCAGGCCCCAGGAUACAAGGAUGUGGUGAAAAGACCCAUGGACUUAACAACCCUGAAAAGGAAUCUGUCUAAGGGACGGAUUCGCACAAUGGCACAGUUCCAGCGUGACCUGAUGCUGAUGUUCCAAAAUGCUGUGAUGUACAAUGACUCUGAUCAUCAUGUAUACCAUAUGGCUGUGGAGAUGCAGAGGGAAGUCCUGGAGCAGAUUCAGGAAUAAUACCUUAACUCACAACCAAGAAGUCAAAGAUGCCUGUGGACAUAAUAUAAAGAAAAGGGGGGAAACAGAUUUGGGCAACUGUUGUGCUCGCACC